AUGACGACGACGUUGAUGACAUCACUUUCUCUCAUCGCGACUGCUUUCGCAGACAAGAAUUUGCUCGCGUCUUCGUCAACAACAAAUACCGGACGACCAAAAAAAAUCUUGACGUUUAUGAUUUCACCAGGACGAACGAGUACGAGAAGCAUGUGCUUGCUUUUCAAUAAAUAUCUGCACCAGCGAUGCGCACAUAACCUGUUCGGGGAAGCCCGAGUGGAAGAUGUGGAAUCGUUCGUUGAGGGGAUUACUCAAAAUUAUCAUCCAACGACGACGACGACGACGCGUAAGAAGGCGCGAUUUGAAAGUGCUCUCGAUGAAGCCAUCGAGAGAAAAGGCUUGACAUUUUUCACGGACGUACCAUUUUUUAUGCCAGGGAUGCCGUGCCGAUUGCUCGUGGAGUACCCUGAGGCACGAUUUCUUUACAUACACCGCGAUAGGAUGGAGCAUUUUGAUUCCGUGCUUCGCAUGCAUUGUAAAUGGGACGCGCCGAUUAACUGUCUAAAUGCGAAUAAUAAGGCGUUGCGAGAACUAUCGUGGGGUUCGUAUUUUCAAACGUUUUGUGAUGAACACUCGAAAAUUUGCGGAGAGAAAGGCGAUGAAGUUCAGAAGAAUAAUCUGACCUCACUGAUGUCAUCGAUUUGGUUGGCACAUUUGGAAGAUUAUGAGCAAUCGGUGAGAGAAUGUAUCCCAACUUCUAAAUUGCUUAACAUAUCACUUGGUUGGUACAACGAGACGAGCGAGACGAAGCUCUUCCAAACUUUUUUUGAACUUCCAGAAGACAAUAAUGAUUCGCUGGCAUUGCAUUUUUCGCGCCUCCAUAUAAAUGAUGAUUUGAUGCCCAGAAGACGGCAGCGGAUGUUUAACAAGUGGCGUCCUCUCAUUAUGCUCACCGGUCCCGAACAAAGCUCAACGUUAGUUUCUGGCGCGAUGCGAAAAGCGUUAAACGAGACGUUUGAAGUAGGCAUAAAAAAGAUUUGUCCAAAGGAACUCAUAAAUCCAGCGUGCCAAACGAGUAAUCAUCGAGCGGAGUUGUACGCUAAAUGUAUCCCAUCUCUCUACAGGCAAAAAGCAGAAAUGUGGAAUACGUGCUCGUCCUCUGAUUUAGAAAACGUGUUCCACGAAGCACAAAAUCUAGGAAGUUGGAAAUUUACAAAAGAUGUACACUUGAACGGAUGGCAUUUGAAGACUUUGUAUAAAAGGGGGCAUCCUUUGUUCGUCGUUUUCCGUAAACCAGAACAUACGUUUCCCGCAUCAAGGGAUCGAGGGGGAGGGGGGAUUCAUUUUGCUUUUUGGCGAUCGUUGAUAUCUACUACACCUGAAAGUGUACGAAUGCUUCCCGCGGGCGCAGAUCUUCUCAGACUUCGAAAUUACGCAAAAUAUGUGUUCGACGCCAUCGUGAAACAACGAGAUCACCAUAUCUUUGCCGGUACAACAGGUAUUAGAGGGAUACAAGAGUGCUUGGGCCAUUUCUUCCAUUUCUGGCAUCUCAUAACAGUAGCGAAGAGUUUAAACGUCCCAGUGUUUUCUGUUGAAUCUUUGUUGCUGUCCAACUCUAGAGAUGAGGCUCUCAUAGUACUGAAGGCUUCUGGCGCGUGCACUUCGUUAUCAAUUGGUAGCGCUGAAAUGUGUGAAGCAUUUGUAGAUAAUCUCAGAGAAAUGCAAAGUGUGCCUACUUGGAUGCACGUGAAUGUUACAGAAAUAUUCAAAGACGCAUCGUCGUUUUCGUCGGUUUCUUUAAUGCUCGAUCGAGAGAAAAAGUACUACGAACACACGAAGUGUGCCCCGGUUCUUAGUACAUUAACGUCUUGGUGUCGCGAUAAUAUAAAAAAUUGCGCAACCGUUUCCGACGUAUAUAGCGGGGCAACCGUCGGAACAACUCUGGAUUACCUGUCGCCGUUGAAACAAGGUGGGGUGACUAAUAUUGACGAGAUAUUUAACAGAACGUUUUCGCCGCGAGGCUUGCUUCUUCCCGGCGGCGAAGAAAAAAGGACAACUGAAGCGAAAAGGCUCCAGGACUCUGUCGUAUACGCGGCGGUGAUUAUGGGCGCAUUCUUCACGCUCGCCGGGCUCGUUCGCUUCUUUAGGAGUCGGAAAUCUCUAGAGGUAGUACAAGUCAUUUAG